AUGGCCCCCGGUUUGUCGCCAGCUGUGCCACCUUGCCCAGCUAUGCGAAGGGGCGUUGCAUUUCACCUGAAAGAGUCGACAUGCAAGACAACUCGCCAGGAUCCUGAGCUGUUGCUUUGCAUGGCUUUGUUGGAAGUACAUCAGGGGGCGGUUGACCCGAGAGGAUACGUCUACAAAAUCGAAGUCGGCCCGUUCGUCGUUGAAACCCUCGGUUACCUUUGA